AUGACUUCUACAGAUGAUGCAAAUAACAUUAAGAUUCGGAUUAUUCGUUCCCUUUUCUCUAAUAGAACAGAAAAUGGUGAUUUGAUUGAAAAUUAUAUAACACACAUAAAAGUUCUUGAGGAAUCUCAUUAUCUUUUUCUUGAUGGACAGGAUUCUAAACAUACAACACGGAAACGGCGUUAUAUUUUAAUUUCAGUAAAAAAUAAUGGAAAAGUGCAAGUUCAUAAAUCAAGAGAGAACAAUAAUGGUACAUUUUCAAUUGGAAAGACAUGGGAUAUGACUGAGCUUCAAAGAAUUGAUAAUGUCGACGCGUAUAAAGUAAUUGUUACGUUUCAGAAACCAUAUCAUUGGAUAUGUGAAUCUACAAAAGAUAAAAUGUUUUUUAUUGAGGUUUUAGUGAAAAUAUAUAAAAAGUUCACUGGAGGAAAAAUUCCUAUUAUGAAUGGCUUUGAAGAGACAAAAAAUUCUGAUAUUACUAGUUACAUAGAAUCGGAUUUAUCAUUUUCUCAGAGACUUUCACAUGCUUCAUAUGAACAGAAAAAUGUUAAUGAUUCAUUGACUAAGCAUUCUUCUUUUUCUAGUCAACAGCGUCUAAAAAGCACUCGGAAUUCACAGUCUUCUGAAAAAUAUUCAUCAAAUCGAUCAUCUUUAAGUUAUCAUUCUUCGAAAUUUACUAAAGGUCAUAAGGAAACACUUAGUUUCUCUAGCAACCAAUAUCUCUUUUCCGAUUCUUUAUCUCAAAUAAUGGAAAAACAAAAUAGUGGAUCUUUUUCAUUAAAUAGUAAUCUUUCGGAAAAGUUUGAAAAUAAUGAUACUUCAAAACAUAAUUCUGACUUUUCUUCAACUAAAUCUCCUGACUAUUCAAUAUUUGGGAAUAAAGAUAAAAAAAAUUCCAAUGAUUCUAAUACUUCGUUAAAUAAGGAAUUUCUAAAAAAGACUAAGUUUUUUGAUAAUUUAACCAAGCCUUUUAAAAAAAAUGAUUAUGAAAUAAUUAAAUCUCCUUCUAAUGAUAAAGAUGCGGAUGAUAUUAUAAAUCACAUUGAUCAAAUAUUAGAUAGUUUUGAUUGGACUGCAUUGGAAAAUGUGGCUAAAUUGGAAGAGAAAUUAAAAGAUGAAUUAUCUGAUUUAGAAUCAGAAAAUAUACAAAGAAUCAUAGAAAGCAAUAAUAAAAUGAAAGAAUUAAGUGAAAAUUUGCAACCAUCUAUUAAGGAGUGUAAAAAACUGAAUUCUAUACUUUCUCUAUAUUCUGCUGAACUGAACAGUCUUAAGGAUGAUAUUUUUCAUAUAGAAAUUCAAAAUAGAGGAUUACAAGUUCAGGCCGCAAAUCAAAAGAAAUUAGCUCUGGAAUUGCAAAAUUUGUUGGAUACACUUUCUAUUAAUGUUAAUGAUUUAGAACCUUUAAAAAAAGCAUCUUUCGAGUCUACAGCAGGGAUCAUGGAUAUUGAAAAAUCUUUAACGUUUUUAUAUAAAGCUCUUAAAAUACCAGCAUCUGAAACUGAUAAUGAAAAACCAGCAGAUGAUAUCGCAAUAAUGAAAAAUAAAAGAGCCGAAUAUGAAAAAGAAAGCAAUGAUUUUCUUUCACGUUUAGCUCAAUAUUUGAGUAAUAAAUUUCAGACAGAACUUUCAAAUCUUAUAUAUAAAGAUUAUUCACCUACCCUUAAAGUCUUAAGACCUCAUUUGGUUAGUCAUACUUCUACAUAUAUGUCUUUUUAUCGUUAUCAAAGCUUUAUGCUUUAUGCAAAACAGAUUAAUCAUUCUAUGUUUUCAAUAUUUCAAGAGUGUUAUAUUAAAUACACUCGAGAAUUUUAUAAUAAUAAUUUUGAAAAAUUUUUUAAUAUUUGGAAAACUAUUAUAAAAAAGAUUUCUUUAGAAGAAAAUGAGUUUUUAUUUACUUCUAUUAAAGAAACUUCUUCUCAAGGUAUGAUAAAUAUAAAAGCUGGAAACAUUAAAAGAUCUGUUACUACUUUUAAAACAUAUCGUGCUCCUAUUAUAGAUUCCUGGAAAGAAGAAAAUCAAGAAGCUAAAGUUACUGCAAGUGAGGCGUUUUUCUGUCUUAUAAAAGAAAUUGUAACUGCAAUUACUCAAGAACAAAAUUUUAUUACAUCAUUUUUUCAUUUAAUAUCAAUAAAAAAACAAGAUUAUACUGAACUCGUUUCAUGGAAUAAUAAUCAAGAUGAUAUUGCUGAUCUAUUAAGGAAAAAAAGGCCAGUUGAAUCGAAUAAAUCAAUGGCUAAAUUAGUUUUAAAUAUGAUGUCUAAAAUCAUGAAUUUUUUACAUGAUAAUUUACUAACUUUUGGAGAAUUUUGUUGCAAAUCAGAUCCUAUGUGUAUUCUUGAAAAUAUUAGAUCUCUAGAAAAAUUUUUAUUAGAAUGGGAGAAAACUGAUCAAGAAUAUUUGAUACGAAUUUUAAAUAAAUUAUAUUUUAAACAUAUAGAAUUUUUUCAUAUGUUUAUUGACACCCAGGUUCAGGCAAUAGAGAGCGUUAGAAUGAUCGGCAAAAGGAAACAAGGUGUAUUAUCGUUUUUUAGGAUUUUUCCUGACUUUGUUGAGAAAUAUAUUAAACAAAAUCCUGGUUCAGAUAAUAUAGAAAUAAAUGAAUUACUAGAUAAAGCUCUUGAGAAGUUAAAUCAUGCUAUGUUUAAAACAUUUAAUAUGUUGUCAGAAGAUACCUACAAUUUAAGUAAUAUUUUAAAAGUUGACUCAGAGGAUAAAGAACUUUUAUAUUAUCAUAUUAUGGUGGUUGAAAAUAUGUUUUAUUAUCUUCAAGAACUUAGAAAAAAAGAUAUAUUUAUCUUAGAUUUAUAUAUAGAAAAUGCGAAUAUAAAAUAUCAAGAACAUUUGAAUUUAUAUAUUGAAAACGUUAUUAAACGUCCUUUAGGCCGUAUUAUGGAGUUUUCAGAGAGUAUUGAUGCUUUGUUAAAAACAAAGACUAUUGAGGAAAUUAAAAAUCGAAUGUCAUUUUCUGUUGCAUCUUUAAAACGUAUAAUGAUUUCGUAUGAUAUUAAGGAAGUAUUAAAAGGAAUUGAAACUCUCUAUAAACGUGUUGAAAAACAUUUUAGAAACGAAGAAAAUCCUUAUUUUGAACAAUUAAUAGCAGUAGUGUGGAAUAGAAUAAAUGAUGAGUAUAGGGAAAAAGUAAAGAGAUUUCAUCAAUUGGUUGAGAAUUACUAUAAAACAGAUGGUAUUUAUAUAAAUUGGACAUAUGAUGAUCUCGAAUCUAGUUUUUUAAGAAAAGGAAUUAUGUAA